AUGGUUUCUGUAAGUCGGCCUACGCGCUAUUUUUACUUUCAUUAUAUCCUUUUUAGAGUCUUGGGUCUGGGCUGGUGGCACCACCCUGAUCAAGGUGAUACGAGAAACUUCCAUGGCUGGUAUCUCUACUACUCCAUUGUAACGCAACUGUUGUGCGUGAUCGGCUUCGUCACACUCGAGUCCAUCGAUCCUUUCAUCGGUGAGAAAGACAUCGAUCGUUUUAUGAUCAGCAUCUCGUUCGUCAUCACACACGACCUAACCCUCAUCAAACUCUGCAUCUUUUACUUCAAGAACCUUCAGAUACAGGACAUCGUGCGAACUCUAGAAGUGGAUUUGUACAAUUUUUAUCAAAACAAUAGAAAAAAUCGAGCAACAAUCAGAAUCACAAGAAUAAUGUCUGCAUCAUUCGUGUUUUUCGGUUGGUUAGUUAUUGCGAAUACGGAUGUUUAUAGUACAAUAAUGGAUUUUCGUUGGAGAGCUGAAGUCGCAAAAUUAAAUGCAUCUUCAAUUAAGCCUCCACGAGCCCUUCCAUGGGCGAUUUACAUUCCAUGGAAUUAUCAGUCAGACCAAUCGUACAUUUCUGCUUCCGCACUUCAAACGAUGGGUUUAUUAUGGACGGGGCACAUUGUUCUGGGAAUCGACACAUUUAUUGGGUCUGUUAUACUGCUCAUGAGCUCGCAGUUUACUAUAUUACGAGAAGGUAUUGUGACGGCAUACGAUCGCACUAUAACAAAGAUGUAUAUGAAUGCAAAACAUCAGCAUGAUUUUUCCGAAGCGGUGAUUCCAAAUAACGAAGAAAGUUUUUACCACACUACGCACGAUGAGAUGGAAGAUCUUGUGUUGGCUCGCUUUUCAGAGAAAGAGGUAGAGUUGGCGCUGCAAGAAACAUUGAAAAAUUGCUUCCGACAACACCAGGUACUAAUAAGAUGCGUCGAGAAUUUCGCAGAGACUUACUCGUACGGAUUCAUGACUCAACUUAUAUCUAGCAUGACGGCCAUUUGCGUAGUAAUGGUCCAAGUUUCGCAAGAUGCUUCUAGCUUCAAAUCCAUUCGUCUGGUUACUUCACUAGCAUUCUUCAUGGCCAUGAUUAUUCAACUAGCUAUACAAUGUUUCACUGGAAAUGAGCUUACGUUGGAAGCGGCUCGCAUCUCAGAUGCAGUGAUGGAGUGUAAGUGGGAGCGCAUGCCGCCGAGCCUUCGGAGGAUGCUCAUCAUAUUGAUGAUGAGGGCACAGCGUCCGCUCCGCUUGUCUGCUGCGGGCUUCGCUUACAUGAACAACGACUGUUUUGUGGCGAUAAUGAAGGCAGCGUAUUCAUAUUAUGCAGUGUUGAGUCAGAAGGCAGAAUAAAACACUCAAAUGAUUUC